AUGUCAGAAGCUUCAAAGAAGGCGUGUAGCUGUAAUUUAAAGGACAGCAAUGCUGGCCCACCACAGCUGGCUGUUGGUCUUCCAUCCAUAAAAGAUGUUACAACAACAUUGAAACAGCCUGAUCUACCCGUUGAUGUUCUACUGUUAACCGUUAAGGACUGUGAGUUCUUAUCCUGUUACAAUGAGCUAAAAGAUCCCUACAGAUAUUAUUACAAGGAUGUUGGUUACGUUUACUUCAACAACGUUCAAAGUCAUGAAGAGAAAGUAAAAGCUGCUCUGCUAAGAUGCAAUGAAGGUUCCAUUGGUCCAAGCAGCUCUCUGAUUACGGUCAAGGAUGCCGCCCUUAUUUUACAACCCAAGGCCGUGAUAUCUGUUGGGGCAUGCAGUGGUCUCAAUGCUGAUAAAACCAAGUUAGGAGACGUUGUUGUAUCAGCCAAACUAACAACAUAUGCAUCCAAAGUGGUGACAAGCGACCAAGAGCAGUCAGCUGGCAUGAGUAGUCAUGUGAGUAGGCUUUUCUCAAAAAUAAUCUCGAACUGCGCUGAUGGAUGGCAGGCACCUUUAAAGAACCCAGAAGAUCAUCAGAUCAAAGUUCACUGCAAUGGCGAGUUCUUAAGUGGCCCAGAGGAGAUCAGAGCUCAAAGGCGUCGAAAGGAACUUGUCGACCGCCACCCCCUCGCGGCAGGAGUAGAGAUGGAGGGCGAAGGUGAGUGCAUGUCACGCUAGCUUUGAACAAUAGGGUUCUUAUACAUCUAUUUCAAUUACCUUUGUCGUAUAAAGGCUUCAAGCCCACGCCUAGGCUACGAGCAAGCUCUCCUUUUAGGGGAUAUCGUGAAAAGUAGACGCGUGAGAGGCACGCGCGAGAAAAGGGGGCGGCCCCUCGCGACUCGCUUCGCUCACCCAAACAGGAGAGCUUGCUCGUACGUAGGCUAGCCUACGCCACAAGGACACAAAGUUAUGUUGGUAGCUUUAGAUCCUUCAGUUGUAAUUCGGUAAAGGUGCGACUAACAGUACCAUAGAGUGCUUUAAAAAGGCGCAGACGUUUACCUUCAUGGCUGGGAUUGAUUAAUAUUUCAGUAUAAAAUAUCCUGAAGUCCAGUUUCGUGUUCGUUAAGACCACUGAAUAAAAGAAGUGAAGACGCAAUUUUUACGGGGUUAGCCUCCACCAAAAGGAAAUAUAUUCUUAAUUUCCAACGGGAAGAAGACCUGUUUAUUACUCUGUUUAUUGUGUAUUCUCAUAUUUACACUUACUUGCCGAAAUUUGUGAAUAUUUUACUUAUGCCGAGGCCAACGCUGCUUGAAUGUGUCGUUAAUGUUUGUAAGUUGACGCUGAUUGUUAAUUCGAAAAAUGAUUAUCAGCCGUUUUGCUUUGCAGUCUCAGGAGGUAGGCUUUUUGACAUCUGUUUUGUGAUACAUGUAGAGCUAAAAGAUUUUGAAAGAGUAGAGCAGGCGCCAUUUUUUAGAACGAAGGUAGGAUGCGCGCGCACGACCGGAGAAAUGGCGUGGAGGCCGUCUCCUCUCCGGCCUUCGCGUGUUUUUUUCUCGCAUGCUCUAAAAAACGAACCAAAAAAACUAUCUGGCGCCAGCCAUGCAGGCUAUUGAAAGAGCGACGAAAAUAUUUAUUCUGAAUACCUACAUCGUAAUUACUUUAAGGAUUAGCGGUUGGAUUUAUUGGAUCAUAAGGUGAAAAUAGGUGUUUACACACUUGACUUCAAUAACUGAUAUACACUUGGCGCCAUUUUCGCGCAACAAUUAUGGAAGCUUGUAGAGUAAAAUUAAACAGGAGGCGCACAUGUAAUCGCUAAAAAAGGGGGACUAUUUGUCUGGAGACGUUCCACACAAACAGCUUUCCAUCAAGAGUGCAGAGCUUUAUAGCUGCAAACUUACAUUUAUCUUAACGGAACUUCAACGGAAUUUUCGCUUAUAACAAUAACGUAAUUGAAUAAAACAUAUUCAUUGUAAGAAAGAUUUCAGUUAGUAAAUCAAAAGAAACGGCGUGAAAAUCAAAAUCUGUCGUACUUGGCUGUCGUCGGGGUCUUGCAUCUCUUGAUUUGGCGGUCCCUGGUCGGGUUACUUGUAGGUUGUAGUCAGAAAGACAUUUUUGUGAAAGUUAGUAAAAUCGUCAAAAAUUACUGGAAAGUAAAGAUGUACCCAUGCGUUUAUAAAGAUUUACACAUGUGGUUUAUACGCAAGGCAAUUAAUUUUUUAUUUUCUUUAAUUCGCAAGACUUGAUUUCUUAAAAAGAAUAUACUUCCUAAUUGUAUUUUAUAUUUCAGGUGUUUUCACUGCUGCAUUUGAUUCUCAACUCGAGUGGCUCAUUGUUAAAGGGAUAGCUGAUUUUGCGGAUGGUGAGGAAGCAACUGCAGAAAGUUGGGAAGCCUGUGCUAGUGUGAUGGCAGCAUCUCUUGUCUCACACAUUUUAAGUGACCCUAGUGUUUUCCGCACUUGGCCUCAUUACUCAGGUAUAAUUCAUGUCAGUUUGGUGUGUGAUGAUUAGGCGCAGGGGUAACAGGCCGAAUUUGCCGUCAGUAAAGGAAGUCUUGAAUGUGUAUUGAGUGAGGCAGUGCGGAAGCUCAAAUCCGAGAUCAAAAGGCUUGUCAAUAUUUUUGUCCGUUUUGAUAUUCUAUCUUCAUUGCCAAGCGGCGUGAAAUUAAGAGUUAGUUUAAGAAAUUGAAAUUUAGGGUUUAAUUGAGGUUCUGGUUGUACACUUUUUCACACGGACUUUACAAUUCCGAAAAGUAAAACUCUGUCAAAAAACUACAUACACUCUUCUCUCGUUCUAGAUAAAAAACUAAGCAAUAAGGGUAUUUUAAAGCUCUAUUGUCUUUCACACGCGUGUCAAUCAAAAAUGUCAGUUUUCAGGUGCUUAAGCGACUUAUCAGUUCAAAUAGUAAGACGAUCGACGCUAAAUAGAGUGUUUUCACUCACGUGGCCAGCAUCUACGCAAAUUUAUUGGAACAAAAGAAAGCGUUUGCAUAAGAAAAGAGUUCAACUCCCACAGGAUUGGUUUGGGACACCAACAUGGCCGCCGUUUCAUUGUUUUGGGACACCAAUAUGGCCGCCGUGACGUCAUGUGAAAACACUCUAUAGGCUCGAGGUUCACUUCAGAGUUCAAGGUCCUACAAAACUAGUUCAAAUUCAAAAAGUUCCGUAAUGUCACGUACGAAUUCUGUCACAGUUAGAAAGAAGCACUUGAGAGGAUUGGGGUGGUUACCUCAACUUUUAGACGCUCAACUUUAAGUCUAGCACUUUCAGUUGAGAGUUAGACAAACUUAAACGUCGUUUCUGGUCAAAAAUUCAGAUUAUACAUUCUUUCCUUAGCUAUAAAUUGCAUAUCGACUAAGAGUAAGACAAAAAACGCUAACGAUGUCUUUGGCUGAUUCUUUCAGUGGAUGGUCUCUUUGAGGCUGAGCACGAUAGUGCGAGGAAGCUGAAGCUAGCUGAGAACCAUGCAGGUAAUAAAUAAACAUUCAAUUUUUAAAAAGUUCUUCUUUAUUUAAAGCUGACCUAUUCCACUCUUUACUUCACUUUGAAUUUAAUGAGUCGCCUCACCAAUGCAAUCCGGGAAGUCUUUUGCUCGUGGAUUUCGGAAUUUUGGGCUUUGGAUUCGGGAAUUUAACUCUUGGAUUCCGGAACUCAGCCCCAGGAAUCCGUAAUCCCGCAGCAAUUGGAAUCCGUAAUCCAAGUUCAACUGACAAGGAAUCCGAAAUCCAGUAUGUCGAGUCCAUAAUUCACAGCGUGAAUCCAGGAUCAAAGACUUUCUUGGAUUACCUUAUAUGGGGCGAAAUGAGCAAAACAUUCAUCAUGAGACGCGUACAGCGCCGCACAUGCGCCUGACAGAGUUGACUUUAAGUCAGUUUAUUUUUGUGUACGUAAUCACAGUCUAUUAAAUGAAGGAAAUGUGCUAAUAAAUUCACCCAACUCAAACGCAAGUAUGCUGUUGUCGGCCUACAGCUAUUUUGAUCAACGUUGCAGCAGGAAAGUCUUUGCGAUGAGAUCGCAAAUAAUAUGGGUAAUUCCAUAUAAAAUUUACCAAAUUCUGAAGAAGGUAAAAGUUUGUGACAUUUCAUAUAUACUAUUCUGUGGCACUGUCAGCCGCGGAUGUAUGACCAAAUUGCAAAGAAUUUACAUGCAGCUACCCACAUGACCUUGCAGUCUUGUGGAGUACGCAUGAGACCUUGAAGUCCGACAAGGUUAACUGAAAUACAGUCGAACCCCGCUAUUUCGAACUCGGUUAAUUCGAAGUCCCCGCUAUUUCGAAGAAAGAUCGAAUUCCCUUGGAUUUACCCUUAUGUUUUCAGUCAUUUACUAUCAGCUAUUUCGAACUCGGUUAUUUUGAAUUCCCCGCUAUUUCGAACUUGUCAAAAAAAGAGUACGUACAUAAGAGCACAGCUGGAAACGUAUUGCAUUUUAAUUUGAGCUCGAACAGAACAUUCAAAGAUUUUUCAAUGCAACAGCAUCUGCUGAUUUAUCCGACAUAUAAUUACUGUAUUUUUAUUUAAUCAGUGUCUUUCUUCAUACAGUACUGUAUUUUAUUAAAAAAUGAUGCAUUGUUACCAAUUUUGCGCUUCCCCGGUUAUUUCGAAACCCCGCUAUUUCGAACUUUUUUCCAUUUCCCUUGGGACUUCGAAAUAGCGGGGUUCAACUGUAAUUCGAUUUAAGGAGUAUCAUAGGAUGCCCAGGGGGCAUGAGCAUAUAAUUACUGUAUUUUUAUUUAAUCAGUGUCUUUCUUCAUACAGUACUGUAUUUUAUUAAAAAAUGAUGCGUUGUUACCAAUUUUGCGCUUCCCCGGUUAUUUCGAAACCCCGCUAUUUCGAACUUUUUUCCAUUUCCCUUGGGACUUCGAAAUAGUGGGGUUCAACUGUAGAUAUACAUGAUGUGGCCCGCGUCUCAACCAACGAUUUUCUUCAACAGGUGCUUCUUGCGAUGACCAGAUCUCAAGACAAACCAAAAGGGGAAUGUAUUCUGAUUACUUAUCUCAGCAACACGAAUCCAUAACCCAGCAGCAUCUUGCAGGUAUCUUUGUCUAACAACGCAUUGAAAUUGUGACACUUUAUAAGUCCAUAGUCAGUCUGUGGUUCGCAUUAUGUUAGUACAGCUUUUGAAGAAACCAACAGUAAUACCCCUAAAAUGCUCAAGAUUGUGUGGUUUGGUAAAGUUUUCUGCUUUAAUAAAGCUUCUUUUUAUUUAGGAAAACCAUAGACGCAACACAGCUUCGAUUUGCGUUUGUCAUGAAUACAUUCACUCAUCAAACAGAGAGUAAAUACGGAGAUUGAUACUGGAGAGAGUGACUAAUUUGCGUGUGGGGCCCGCGUGCGACACACGGCGUCCACGGCGCUCUGUGUCUAAGGAGCAGCGUUUAAUUUUCUCAAAGAAAAAUACUGUUUGGCAGUCUAGGAAAAAAUAAAUGAGCCGACUACAAGCCAUUUCAACAUAAAAAAUAGACCUUUUCACGUAUAUUAGCAGUUUUGAUUUGGACCAUUAGGCUGGAAAGAAGACCUUAAAAUCACUUCUUAAGUUGCUAACUUAAAGAGUGAUUUGGCGAAAACUAGCCAAGAUAUAGCUUCAAAAAGACGCGAAAUUUUAUAGACGUUUCUAUGAAAGAGAGCAAGUUCAUGCACCCCCCCCACCAUACAAAAGUUUGUAAAAUUUCGGGAUUAUGUCACGGUUGAAGAAUAUCUUCGCUCGCUCUGAACGUAUCGCCUUUAAACUAGGUAAGUUUUAAGGCGCUCUCCAGUACUGUGGUGUCGAUGGAUAAUUGCUUACUUAAAAUCGUGGAAGGGUCUAUUAAGUGCAAAUUACAUAAAAGACGCAAAGACAAACCUAUGUUAGAUUUUGUAAAUAUUUCUUCACAUAAUUCCUGCUUCUUCUUAAUUAGGAUUGAGAAUCAUUAUAGUUAUCCUAAAAGGUCGUCUAUAUCGAUCUUCAACUCGUUCGUUUUGCAACGUUACAAAAGCAUAAAAGCGUAUCGUAGACGAUGUACAGAGCGUGGACGGCUUGUGUGACAGUAUAAUAAAACCAAAUCGAUCUUAUUUUUUGGAUCUUGUAUUUCCCAGGGGUGCCAGCUAUCAUAGCAAGGAUUCGUCAGCUUUACAAACGGCGUGAAGGACGGCUGGUGCCAUUUCCAUGGUGUGAUGACCUUAAUUUCAACCUGAAUGAUAUUUUCACCCGACUGAAGAUCGUGAACAAAGAAAAAACGCGGGGAACAUUAACGGAUGAUGAAAUCACCAACAUGACUGCUAUCUUUACACCCCAACCUGAUUGCCCGAAACCACGGAUUCUUUUGAUCGAAGGAGAACCUGGCAUGGGAAAAACCACCCACUCACAAAAACUGGCGUAUGACUGGGCAAAUAAACAAGAUGAAUGGGACUCGUCUUUUCCAUCAAUUGAAGUGCUGCUCUUGCUUAGAUGCAACGAUGUUAAAUCUGGCAUCUGGGAAGCUAUUGACGACCAACUUCUUCCUGAUGAUAUUGACGAACAGGCUAAGGAGAAUUUUUUCAAAUACAUCCGAGAAAAUCAGGCCAAAUGUUUGCUACUGCUUGAUGGAUUAGAUGAGGCAGAUUCCUUUAAACUGGACAUGUACUACUCGCUCGUUCAGAGUAAACUCCUCCCAGCUUGUCACAUUGUCAUUACAUCUCGCCAUGAGGUUGGAAAGAAAGUAAGGCCAUACUGUGACGCCCUGUGGGAGAUUGUAGGAUUUACUAAAGAGGAUGCGAGAAGUUUUAUCAGAAAGUAUUUUAAAGGCAAGGAACACUUGGCUGAGGAGCUGAUUAAACGAUUGUUACCUUCAGACUAUUUUUUUUUGAUUACUGGUCAUCCACUUGAAACGCUAGGCGAGUUAACAAAAAAUCCACUCAACACAGCUCUACUCUGUUGUGUUUUCGAGGACUUCGAAGGUGUUCUUCCAACAAGCAGGACUGAGUUGUACGUUGAAAUUGUUGUCUUUGUUUUGAGAAGAUAUGAAGAAAAAAACAGACUUAAAAGCAGCGAUAAAGACUUGAUUUCAGGUUAUAAGGAAGAACUUUUGCUAUUGGGCAGCUUCGCGUUAGAAUCCCUCCUUAAAGGAGAGUCGUACUUUGAAAAGGAGGAAGAUACCGUCAAGCUUAUCAAUUUUGGAUUCUUGUCUUUUCAACAAGGUGGCGCCAAGCGCAAACCUUGCAAACGCUUUGCAUUUUUACACAAAAGCUUUCAGGAGUUUUUUGCUGGCCUUUUCCUUGCGUUUCAAAGUAUCAGCAAAGAAAGAGACUUAACCUCAGUUGUAGACGAUAAGAGAUACUUGGAUAAACUGAGACAGGUCUUUUUGUUCAUGAGUGGCAUCAUAGCCUUGCGGAGUGAGGAAACUGCAAUGUCGUUCUUUAUUGUUAUUGCUAAAAAAAUCAACUCUGCCGAAGACCGUAAAUCAUAUAUGAGAUUAGCUUGUGAGUGUUUGUUGGAAUGUUCAAGUGUCCAGGAAAGCCUUGAAACUCGCUUAGUUUCUAGUUUAGGUAAGCACCUUGACAUGUCGUCCCUGACUGAAGUGAAUUUUGGCGGAACACGCAUACACGAUGCUGGUGCUGCUGCGAUUUCCAUGCCCCUCACAGUAAACUCCUCCGUGACUAGUUUAAAUUUAGGUUAUAACAGAAUUGGCGAGGCCGGCGCUUCUUCUCUUUCUCAAGCCCUAACAACAAACACCUCCCUGACUAGUUUGAAUUUAGAUUAUAACACAAUUGGCGAGGCCGGUGCUUCUUCUCUUUCUCAAGCCCUCACAGUAAACUCCUCCCUGACUAGUUUAAUUUUAGGUCAUAACAGAAUUGGCGAGGCCGGCGUUUCUUCUCUUUCUCAAGCCCUAACAACAAACACCUCCCUGACUAGCUUGUAUUUAGUUGAUAACAGUAUUGGCGACGCCGGCGCUUCUUCUCUUUCUCAAGCCCUCACAGUAAACUCCUCCCUGACUAGGUUGGAUUUAGGUAAUAACAGUAUUGGCGACGCCGGCGCUUCUUCUCUUUCUCAAGCCCUUACAGCAAACUCUUCCCUGACUAGUUUGGAUUUAGGUAAUAACAGAAUUGGCGAGGCCGGCGCUUCUUCUCUUUCUCAAGCCCUAACAACAAACUCCUCCCUGACUAUCUUGGGUUUAAGUGGUAACAGUAUUGGCGAGGCCGGUGUUUCUUCUCUUUCUCAAGCCCUCACAGUGAAUUCCUCCCUGACUAGUUUGUAUUUAUCUGGUAACAGUAUUGGCGACGCCGGCGCUUGUUCUCUUUCUCAAGCCCUCGCAGUAAACUCCUCCCUGACUAGUUUAAAUUUAGGUUAUAACAGAAUUGGCAAGGCCGGCGCUUCUUCUCUUUCUCAAGCCCUAACAACAAACACCUCCCUGACUAACUUGUAUUUAGAUGGUAACAGUAUUGGCGACGCCGGCGCUUCUUCUCUUUCUCAAGCCCUUACAGCAAACUCUUCCCUGACUAGGUUGGAGUUAGGUUAUAACAGAAUUGGCGAGGCCGGCGCUUCUUCUCUUUCUCAAGCCCUAACAACAAACUCCUCCCUGACUAUCUUGGGUUUAGGUGGUAACAGUAUUGGCGAGGCCGGUGUUUCUUCUCUUUCUCAAGCCCUCACAGCAAACUCCUCCCUCAAGGUUCUCUUCAUUUGA